AUGACAUCGAUUACGCAUGCUGCUCUCUCUGCCGCUCUCCUAGUGUGCUUCGCCGCGCUUCUCGCUCCCCCUGGGGCAUCUGUCUGCGCACAAAACGCUUUCCUCGUAGCGAAAGCCAAGGCUCUUCACGCCUCGGCGAAUCAAGCUGCGGUGGACCUGAAAGCGGCGCAAGAGGACGCCGCCAAACAGGCGGCUGAGGUCGCCGCCGCCACGCAAACUCUGUCCGAUCUGCAGGGCCCGGACCUAGCUCUCAACGACCGCAUUUCAAUAAUCUCCGAUAUGAAUAACAGCGUCGCCGAUGCGCAGUACGAUCUCGACAUCGCAAACAAUAUCCUCGUUCUCCGGAUCGCGGAUCUCGCGGCGUUUCAGGCAGAUCCGUCAACGCACCCGCAAAUCCCAGAGGCAAGGAAGGCGGUCAACGACGCGACGCGAAGCGCGCGCAUGACUUCAAUGCUGCUAGAGGAAUGGGGGCUCGUCGUGCAAGAGGCCGCGGACGCGGAACGUGACGCGGAAAGGGCCGUUAGGGCCAACCCGACUUCGCUGAUGGCGCAGGCUGCGCUCGUGGAAGCGCAAUAUUACCGCCAAUCUGUGGAGGAGGUGCUCCCGGAUAUUGUGUUCUCCGCCGCCCGAGCUCACACAUCAGGCCAACUCAACGUUAGUGCAGUUGCUAAUACCGCGGAUGUUACUGUCGCGGAAGCGAGUUCCCCCAGUGCCCCGCGGGAAGGGUUUGCGCUGUCGUUCCUGGGGCAAUGGCGGAAGGAAAACGCGGCGGAGAUCGGCUACCGCGUGGCGGAGCCCGCAUCGGCGCGCUUCAGAGGGGGAGCGGCGGGGGGAGCAGCGCAGGACGGGGGGAGUGACGUCAGCGAAGCGGCGGGGGUGGAGAUCAAGGAGCUAGACGCGUUCGCAGUGGUUCAGCAACGAACCACAUUGCCUUUAUCCACCAAUAAGCACUCUGCCAUCCGCUCCCUCUCGUGUCCCCUCCUCUACCUCGUCCUCCCUCCCCCCUUCCCCCCCUCCCCCCUCCCUCCUUCCCCCGCCCAUCUUGUGGGGUCGCACCAGUUCAAGGUAACGCCAGGAGACGCCAUCUACGUGGAGAAGCUCAACUUCGCCCAUGUCAACGACGUGAAGGCAUUUACCAUCGCUGCAGUGGAGGGUGCUGCAGUGGAGGGUGCUGCAUUGCACGAUGCUACAGUGCAUGAUGAGGCAGCCCUUGAUGCCAAGGUGAUAGUGUUCAAGAAGAAGAGGAGAAAGAACUACCGCCGCACCAACGGUCACCGACAGUGGACACCCCGCGUUUCCCCCUGCCUUGUAGCGGGGCUGCCUAUAGAGGAGCUAGACGCGCACCUGAACUUCCGCCGCGGAUGGACCCUGGGCUUCGUGGACGACGUGGAGGACAAGACGCAGAUCUUACCGUUCCUACGAGCUAACAUGGAUCCCAGCUUGCACAGGAGGAAGCGGAGGGUGCUUGUAGACCUCGGAGCGAAUGAAUUUGAGACAAGUGUCACCUGGUUCCUUCGAAUGUACCCGCUCGAUUUCACCGAGAUUCAUGCAGUGGAAGUGCAAACCGACCUGUUCCAGAAGCCAUCUACACCGCCGCUUGAGGUACCGGCCUAUGAGAUCAACUCUCAAUCUCGCCUGCGUCCGUUCGGCAGGGGCCCUGCAGGCUUCCCUGCAUGGCUGAUGGACCGCGUCCACCCCUACAACUUCUUCAUCUCUUCUCAAGACAACCAAGAAGAGAACGCAACUAACCGGGACCAAUUGAAGGAGCUGCUGGGAUACCCAAACACAAUGAACGUGACGCGGUGGCUGCUAGACGAGCUGCAGCUGACAGAGGAGGACACAGUGAUGGUAAAGAUGGACAUAGAGGGGGCGGAGUGGGCUAGCAUGGUGAACGUGACGCGAUGGCUGUUGGACGAGCUGCAACUAACAGAAGACGACACGGUGAUAGUGAAGAUGGACAUAGAGGGGGCGGAGUGGGCUGUGCUGCACGGGUGGCUGGCCAUCCCUCACAUGCCCGCCAUCGUGGACGAGCUCUUUGUGGAGGUGCACUACCACCACCCCUCCAUGCACGCCUUCACGUGGACGCCAGACAAGUUCAACCGCACUCUAGAUGAGACAACACGGUUGUUGACUGACUUGAGAAGAGCCGGGUUUUAUGUUCACCCUUGGCCUUAG